GGAAACGUUCAUUCGGUUUUCUUCGAUCGUCUUUGCUUAAUCCAAAAUAUGUGACUUACCCAAUUGAACGUUUCUCGAUCGAAAUUCGAGAAGGUGAUCGCGUCGAUCAACUGGACCUUUCCUGAAGAAACUCGCCAUCGAUCGACGUAUCAUCGACUUUUCGGCAUCAACUUUGAAACACCGAACUGUAAAUUCGUCCAUUCGCGCGGAGAAACAUUUUUGACGAGGAAAUGGAGUUCACGGGGAUGAUCACCGAAACGCCAGUUCAUCAGAAGAGCCGGAAGCUAUGGCAAUACCUUUCCACCGUUUCCGCAUGUGUGCUGGUCGUUGGGGUUGGAACAGCCAUGGCAUGGACCUCGCCAGUGCUUCCCAAGCUGUAUCUACCAGAUUCGUUCAUGGUGUUAACCGAGGAACAGGGUUCCUGGGUGGGCUCUCUCUGUGCACUCGGUGCAAUCUGCGGUGCAUUUCCAGCUGGAAAGCUGGCGGAUAAAUUCGGCAGGAAAAAGUUCCUCCUAAUGCUAUCCGCUCCAUUUUUACUCUCCUGGGGGACCAUCAUAUUCGCUGCUAACGUCUGGCUCCUCUACAUCGCCAGAUUCGUGGGUGGGAUCGGUGUUGGGGCUACUUGCGUCCUCGGACCGACAUACAUAUCAGAAAUUUCUGAGGUCUUGACCAGAGGAACCCUGGGCGCCUUAUUCCAGGUCUUUCUCACCGUUGGAAUCUUAGUUGCUUUCAUUCUAGGAAACUACUUAAGUUACAAUGCCUUCAACAUCAUCUGUACUAUCAUCAUCGUCAUCUUUCUGGGUACUUUCUACUGGAUGCCUGAAUCUCCUGUCUGGUUGGUGGGUCAAAAAAGAAGGCAAGAUGCCAAUGUAGCGCUUGCAGUGCUCCGAGGGGAUGCUUACGACCCCGGGCAGGAAUUAAACGAGAUGCAAAAUUCGGCGGAUGCGAGUACCGGUAAACAACCGAGCAUCUUAGACAUGAUGAAAUCUCCAGUCUCUAGAAAAGCUAUGCUAGCAUCCUUUGGCAUGAUGUUUUUCCAACAAGCGUCUGGUAUAAACGCUGUCAUCUUUUAUACUAUGAUGAUCUUCAAGGCGUCUGGAAGCUCGUUAGCGCCGGAAGUGGCCUCUAUCAUUGUAGCCUUCGUACAGUUUAUAAUGUCAGUUGUCGCGGCGGCGAUUGUGGAUCGAGCUGGAAGGAAGCCGCUGCUCAUGAUUUCCAGCGGUGUUAUGUCAGCCAGUCUAAUCGCUCUAGGAUACUACUUCAGGCAGAAAGACGGCGGAAGUGACGUCAGCUCGCUUGGCUGGUUGCCAUUGACUUCCUUGAUCGUAUUCAUGGUAGCAUUUUCCAUUGGAUUGGGACCAGUUCCUUGGAUGUUAACAGGCGAGCUGUUCCCUACGGAAACCAAAGGAGUUGCUUCCAGUGCUGCGGUUAUGUUGAACUGGUUCAUGGUGUUCUUGGUCACGAAAACAUUCCCAUCGAUGAACGAAGAAUUGGGCACUGACAUGACAUUCUGGAUUUUCGCAGGCAUCAUGGCCAGUGCCACCGCGUUCACUUAUUUCUUAGUUCCGGAAACCAAAGGGAAAACGUAUCAAGAGGUCCACAAAUUACUACUAGGCAGUACUCGAACGACCAAACCAGUCCCUUAAUCAAAAUCAAAGCGUUUCUCUCUUCACUGCCUUCCUUUAUUUUUAUGAUACACUCAUCGUGCAAAAUUUCGCGGCAUCCUUCAUAUCCAUUAAAAUAGUUCAAUUAAUUUAAUUGUUCAUCGAUCAUCGAUUCUUUUUUCGACUGAAUACACUGAUACGAAUUUUGUUUUGACAACAUUGACUGCCGAGGGUCACCGAUGAUCUUAAAUGUGAUGUAAUUGAAUAAUUUAUGAAAGAAAAAGCAGACAAAAUUUAUGAAUAGCGUUAUUAUCUUAUUAAAUUCCAAGCUUAUUACGCGUUAAAAUAUCUAUCGCAACAUGUAAAAUCAAUUACGAUGACCCUAGUUAAUCAAAGGACCUUGGCUUUCUCAUUUUUCGAUGAAAAUUUCGUAACUACAGUUUCUAUCGAGGGUGUCUAGAAGAUAUCAGUAGCGGCUAUCGUAAGUGGAGCGAUAUCUCGAUGGCUGCUCUUCACGAUGGAAAGAUUCCCAAUGCAAUGGCGAACUUUUACCAGUUAAAUGUUCGCUAAUGCACUGGUAAUCGUUCCACUAUGGAGGGCAAGCAUCGAGAUAUCGUUCUUUUAACGUAACACUUAGCUCGUGUUAUCAUUUUUUUAUUUUUUAUUUUACUUUUUCCAAUCGUGGAGAAUGGCGACCGAGAGACGAGUAGGUACCUCCCAAGACGAUAACCAAGAUAACGACUGAGGCUAUUGACGAAUAACUAAUAAAUCGAUCGCAUAAAUUUUUACUCUCUUUUUCAGAUCGUCAAUUUUCUUUAGAGCGUAACGAUGACACAAUUUUUCGAUUUUAUUGUAAAACAAUAAACGUAAUAUCAACAUA